GCCAAGCAAAGUGCACGUUGCGAGAGGAAUCCUGUCAACAAAGUGACCUGGAUUUGUUGUGUUCUUUUUCUUAUUUUUCCAUUUUUUUUUUCAUUUUUUGGCAAGAAAACCAAUGACGUUGUUGCGAGAGUUUGUCUGAAAUAGAUGAAGCACGUGAUGAACACUGGGAAUAUCCAUCAUUGAGAAGUCAGCCGAAAACGUCGGCCACAUCAUUGCUUCCACUUCCUCUUGUGUUGGAAUUAACCCACAGAGAAGCAACGUUCACUGGUAGAGCAGAUUCAAUUUUCCAUUCUCUCAGGCUCAGAGAGCUCAGACACCAGUGUUGGGACUUACCGUACACUGUUGAUGCACUCACCUUUGUACCGUACCUGCUACACGUAAUGAGGCUGAGCAGUGGUUGUUAGAUGAGGCGGACAUUUUACUCUCUGUGUGUGCAGAGCCAUGGCGAACGUUCUGAGGAGUUUAUGGGGCAGGCUGAUUCUGGGCUCUGGAUUCUGUCUAGCUCUGGCAGUUGUGGGCACCAUGGGGCUCACCACCACCCAGACUGUCAUACGGGGCAAUGACAUCUCCUUCCCCUGUGAGGCUUACAACAGCAUUGCGCCCCUGGUCAUCGGGGCCACCAUCAUGGUGGAGUGGACUAAGGACUCCCUGCCGCUGGUGGAAAGCUCAGGCCCGACGGUCAGCGGCCGGGUGCGACUGGACAUGGGGACCUACGGCCUGACCAUCUCGGUGGCGGCCAUCUCGGACCAGGGCCUGUACGCCUGCCGAGCAGAGGGGGAGCCACUGAAUCCCAGCACCUCCAAUCCCCUGCUGAUCCAGACCACACAGGUCUCCCUGACCACCACAGCUGCCUCUUUUAUCUCUGAGGAGUCAAACGUUACAUUAUCAGUUGAAGAACCAGUGCCACCUGGAAAACCAGUUGCCAGGGUGACCACCAAAGAUUCCAUCGACAUCUCGUGGGCGGAGAGCAAUGGUCCAGUUCUCUCCUACCAGGUUCUAUACAGGGAGGGUUCAUCCACACCCGCACCGGGCGCAGCCCCAAUGAGGACCCCUAUCUCUCCAGGGCUGGAGACAAGCCUCCUGGUUCCCAACCUGAUGCCUUACACAGAGUAUAGCUUCUGGGUGGAGGCCAGCUACCGGGGGGGCUAUACCAAGAUGAGCGAGAUGUCUGUGCUGUGGACAGCAUCCGGAACUCCGACAGACGCCCCACAGAAUGUCGCAGCCUCGGCCACAAGCGCGACCAGCAUCCAGGUCUCAUGGAGUGCGCCCCCAAUCAGCUCACUGAAUGGGGCCCUGGUAGGGUACAGGAUCCGCCUCAGCCGCGAGGGGAAUCCUGUCACAAAGACAUCGGUCGGUCCAGGCACGAGCAAAGAAGUCCAGGGCCUGCGGCCAUACACCAACUACAGUGUGACGGUGGCGGUGUAUAACGACGCCAUGGGGGACGUGGCCAUUGGGCCCUACAGCAGCGCGGUGGUUGCUAGGACUUGGGAAGCCGCCCCCAGCGCACCCAGUGGAAUCAGUACAGUCUUCCAGAAGGACACCAGCAUCACCAUCUUCUGGGAAAAGCCAGAACACCCCAACUCGGCUGUAGUCACCUUCAAUGUCGACUUCCGAAGGGUUGGCACGCCGGACUGGGAGAGGGUUAAGACUGAGACAUUACAACAGUUUUGCUCAAGGACUGACCUCGAUGUCUACACAGAAUAUGAGUUCCGAGUCGCCGCAGUCAACUCCAUUUCAGAGGGUCCGUUUGUGACACUGACGGCAUUUACCGACGUUGCAGCUCCGGGCCCCCCAGUGAACGUCACCGUCAGGGACAUCGGCAUGGGGAGGGUCAAGGUAUCCUGGAUGGAGCCUGAGGUGUUCUACAGGAGUGUGGACAGCUACACCAUCACUUACUUGGAUGUGGGCCGAAAUGUCACCAUGAAGACUGUGGAGGUCAACAAGCUGUGGCGGAUCUUGGAGAAUCUCGAGGCCGGUGUCCAGUACGAGGUGAAAGUCCAGGCGGCCACCACCAAUCUCCAGUCCGUGCUCAAGGAAGGCCAGGCCUCCGAGUCCGUUUCCUUCACCAUCGAAAAACCAGCUGGUAACACAACGGAGUCCCCAAACACCACUGCAGCUGCUCCCAACGGCACGGAGGGCACGAGCACCCCGCCACCUGGCUCCAACCUGGGGGUGAUCAUCGGUGUGGCCGUAGGCAUGGUAUACUUUGUGGCUACGCUGAUAGUGUUGGGGAGCCUCUUCUUCAUCAGGGCACGAAGGAAGGACCGCCUAGAAUUUGAAAAGCAGGAAAAUGGCAUGCCACCUGCCUUUGCCAAGCCAGAUGAACUGGAAGAGCCCCCCAUACCAGUCGGCAAGUUUGAGGCUCAUGUGAUAGCAAACCAUGCCGACAGUGACGGUGGCUUUGCCACAGAAUAUGAGGAUAUCCAGCGCGUUAGCACCAACUACCCAGCCCUGUCAAGCAUUGAUCCCAACCUCAAAUACAAGAACCGUUACACAAACAUCGUGGCUUAUGACCACACGAGGGUGAAACUGAGCAUCUUGCCCAAUCAGCUCUUGUCAGAUUAUAUCAACGCAAACUACAUUGAUGGCUACGGCAGACAGAAGGCAUACAUUGCCGCCCAGGGGCCACUGAAGUCUACCGUCGAAGACUUUUGGCGGAUGGUAUGGGAACAGCACACCAUGGUGAUUGUCAUGAUCACCAAGCUGGAGGAGAGGGGAAGGCGAAAGUGUGAUCGCUAUUGGCCGGCUAAGGGCAUGCCCGAGCGCUACGGGGAAUUUGAAGUCACGCUAGAGACCAAAGAGAAGUACGCCAGCCACAUGGUCCGCCACUUCCUGCUGAAGCACAAACACAGGAAGGAUGCUCAAACAUUUAUGGUGGACAACAAUGAAGUAAAUGUUGUUUGGCUUCACGGCAAAGCUCCGGAGCGCAGAAUCCUCCAGUUUCACUUCACCGAUUGGCCCGACCACGGCGUACCAGCUUACACGUUACCGGUGUUGGCAUUCGUCCAGAAAUCAUCGGUAGCCAAUCCAGUCGAUGCUGGCCCCAUGGUGGUCCACUGCAGUGCUGGGGUGGGCCGGACAGGCACGUACAUCGUGAUUGACAGCAUGCUGAAGCAGAUGCAGGCUGAGAACAAGGUUAACGUCUUCGGCUUCCUGAAGCGCAUCCGGACGCAGAGGAACUACCUGGUGCAGACGGAGGAGCAGUACGUGUUCAUCCACGACGUCCUCCUGGAGUGGCUGAAGGCCGGCAAUACCACGGUGCAGGCAGCCGACCUGAGACAGUACACUGACCGGAUGACGCUACCAGACGAGCAAGGCAAGGUGCUGCUGGACGAACACUUCAAGUUCAUCGCCACGCAGAAGAUUCGUGAUUACGAGUUCUCCAAGGCCCGGCACGCCCUAAAUCGCAGCAAGAACCGGAGCAAGCUGCUGCCCAUGGAGAGGAACAGGGUCUCCAUCUCAGGCGUGGCAGGGCAGGAGGGGUCUGACUACAUCAACGCGUCAUUCAUACAGGGUUACCGUAGAAACAGGGAGUUCAUUGUCACCCAGUACCCAUUGAAGGAAACCAUGACAGAGUUUUGGCGUAUGCUGUGGGAGUGUAACUCGACAACCAUCGUCAUGUUGACGGACAAAGAGGAGGACGACAGUCCCAUCUACUGGCCCACCAACAAGGACGAAUCCCUGACCUUUGGCACCAUCAAGGUCACCCUGUGCGAGGAGGAACAUUCCAACAUGUCCUACAUCACCAGGGAGUUUCUGCUGUGCUGCUCACAGGACGAGGAUCAGCUGACGGUCAAGCAGUACCACUGCAGCUAUUGGCCAGACAGCUGCUCCCCGCUCCACACGGCCUUUGACCUCAUCUACGCACUGGAGGAGCGCAGCAACAUGCUGACUCGGGUCAACAAGGACGUGGUUGGACCAGUCACGGUGCACGACAGAUUUGGGGGGCGGCAAGCGGGCACUUUCUGUGCCCUCUCCACGUUGCAUCAGCAGAUGAUCAUGGAGAACUGUGUCGACGUCUACCAGGUGGUGAAACUCUAUGCCAACAAGAGGCCAGGAAUGUUCAGUUCCAAGGAUGAAUAUCACUUUCUGUACCGAGCACUCCAAAGUGUGUACACAGCCGAGCAACAGAUGAAGAGCCUCAAGGCGCACUCGCUGCACCGCCAUGAUUCGGAAAAGAACAAAGAUUGGCACAAGAUGCGCUACAUGACCGCCGUGCCGGACAGCGGCAACUUGCGGCAGAUGUCGGAUUCAGCCCGGAACAGCUCCUUGGACAGCGACAACUGGUACCGGGCCCGCAGCCAGACACUGGGCAGCACGGGGCCCCAGCGCAGCCAGCGCCCGUCCAAGUUCUGGCACCGCCGGACCAAGUCGGAGAAGCGUAAGACCGGCGCGGGUAACGCCAACCUGAGCAUUGCCAACGCCAACGCGCUGGGGGUUGCGCCCCCAGGGGAAGAUGACCUACCAGGACCGGAGGUCUACGACUUGGCAGAGACAGUCCGGGAUGGCCAGCCUGAGGGCAGCUUGGACUCGGAGAACCAUGCAGGCAACGGCACGCCCAGCACCGUGCCGGACACCACAGUCAUCCCGGAGAUCCACCUGAACGGUCUGGACCACCUGCAGGGUGACAAGCGCCACGAAUCAGUGCACAUAGAAGACAGCGAGACCAUCGCGCUGAUGGGGCGAUUCUCCCCCGACACCUCGCAGGAGAACAUGGAGAUGCCGGCCGACUUCCGCUUUGCCGGGAGUGGGAAUGUCAAGUCACAGAGCCGGGAGUCCCUCGGGACACACAGCAACAAGUCAGAAGAAACGCGCAUGUGACUGAUCAGGUGAACCCUCCUCACCUGACCAUAUGCUACUCUCCACCUUGGGCAAGUUCACGAACUGUAGUUUAACCACCAUUGCUUUUUAACAAUGCCCACGUGUAGUUACAUUUGAAUGUCCCUUUUCACACUUUUUUGUAAAAUCUCAUUAUUACUUACAGUUUGCUGUUACAGCUCUUGAGGCAUUUAUGGUCACUGACAUCUGGUACAAUCAUAUUCAUGUGAAUGGUUCCCUCCGUGCUGAGAAAUUAUAUUUGGGUAUUGAUAACCAGCAGUGCAACUAUUACCUUGAGCCUUGCACCAUUUGGUAUACUAGAUGGUCCAAACCAUCAAUCAUUCAAGCAGUGUUGGUCAAACUAUAGUUAAAUACAGUCGUUGCACAAACUUGCCCAUUAGAGUAGCAAUCUCUUCUGGUUGUUAGAGUUAAUAUCAAGGAUGAUUCCAUAAAAUUUUAGUUUUGUUACGGACAGAUUUUGUACAGUUUCUUCCAGGAGUCCUGUGUGUUCAGAAUCAACACUCCUUUUUGGCCAAGACGUCGAUCCCUGACUCAUGUGAAUAUCGAAAAAUUUGACUUAAACUACUGCAAAUUCGACUGGAUGACUGUCCUCAUCCUUAUACAUGAGGACAGGGUUUGCAUUGGCUUCACAACUUCCUAGAUAUCAUUGGUUGGUAAAUAACCAUGCUCUGAAAUACACAUAGACACAGAAGGUCAUACGUGUGUCUGUGCGUGAAGUAAAUAUUUGAAGUUUGAAGUUUCAGACAUGGGGAAGAGAAGUUGACAUAAUUGCUGACCCUUUAUCUGAGAAGCAGCAAUUAUCAAACUCAUGUAAAUCAGCCACCAACAUUCAAAUAAGUCAACUGUUACUCAUGCCAAUAUAUUUGUAUAUCUGAAGUGCCCUCAACAACUCAAUAAAAAUGGCUACCAUUCCCCUACAUUUUGAACUUUUCCACACAUGGACAAUAUUGUAAAUAGUGCAUAUAGGGCAACAAAUCUUGGCCACAUACCGAAUUUCAAAAACAACUGUAGAAAUUGAGUGGUAUUGAGCCUAUCAUUCCAGCUGUAUGUUGUCAAGGAGCAGUGAUUUUCCUCUUUUUGUUCUAUCAUUAAUAGAUUUGGCCUCAAUGCAAAAGCAGUGCCACUGUGAUUGGCUGCAUGCAUCUGUAGAGAGUUGGAUUCAUCACAAGUUGUGUUUGCAUAUAAAGUUCCCUGGAAGUGUUUUUGGGGAUACCUCUUACCGCCAAAGUGAUUGAUGCAAACUGCUAGUUUCCAGAGGGGUGGAUGAUAUUUCAGUUUUUAGCAACCCCCCCAAAAGUCUUUGAACAGGGUUUAGUUUUGUACCUGCAGUUCAUUUUGUAUUUUGUUUCCACCUUUUUUAACAUCAGCGCUACGAAUCGGCAACUUUGCGGCUGAUGUAAAUAUACCUUGUGAGAUUAGACUGGCAAGUGAUGAUGAAACUUUUUUUGGUUCUGAAUUUCAUUAAAGAUACCUCUUUGGUUUUUUCUGAAGAAAGUAAUUUGCCAAAUGAUUUUUGAUGACUUAUUCUUUUUUGUAGCUGCUAAUGCCUUUUUUUCAACAAUUUCUUUUAUAUUCGGGGAAAAUCGUUAUUUUUAAAAGCAUUUUUCAAAUCGAGUUUUGAAAACGUGUGAGAAAACCAGUUAAAUACGGUCAUGUUGUAUAAACUCCUACCAAGGAAGUCUAAAUACGUAUAUACAGAGGUUAAUAAAACCUAUGGUGGCCUACAAAGGCCACUAAAUUUCUUUGGAUGGAU